CGGCCGGCGUCGUGGUAGAUAUGACCGCGCUCCCCCAACUCGUCGCGCCCGACCUCAACCUGUCCGUUGCGCCACCAGCACUCUGCUUUCCCUCUCUUCCUUCCCUGCUCUCUCUCUCCCUCCCCUCUGCGAGCCUUGAGCUGCACUUCGCGGGAUGAGGGCGACGGUGCGGUGGGCCCCGAGCCCCAGGGCUGGGGCGCCCCGAGCGGCGCAUCUUGCCUGAGUUCCAGUUUUAGGACCGUGCAUCAGCUCGCGGCGCACCUCCUCCGCCUUGUCUCGAAGCUUCGCGGGGCGAGGACGCGCCCCUUGGGGCCGCCGCUGCCAUCGCAUCCUGGAGCUCCAAGGAGGGGCCGUGGGGGGCAUGGCGGUGGGUGGAGAUGGCGGCACCCGGCAGGCUGGGGGCGGCGUGGCCUGGCAGGAGCCAGCGGCGCAGUCACGGCGACCAAGGCAGGUGGGGGCGGCGCUCUCCGACCAGGCGAAGGGCGAAGCGACCGCGGUAGAGGGAGGAAACGGCGACGGGGAGUGGAUAGGAACAGCGAUCGACUCCGAUCGACUAGCGGACGCCGCUCGCUAUGAUGGGCUCUUCUUCAUCUUGGUCUGGCCAAAACUUUGUGUCCUUCUCAUCUUCUCCUGGUGCAGGCUUUGGGCAAACCGUGGGCUCCAUUUCCGCCACGCCAUGGGGCAAGCAGUCUUUCUUUCAACUAGAUUUGUAAUGUCGUGAUUUCAUCUUCUUCUAUUUGUCGUUUGAUUCUGCUUAAGUAGGCUUGCUGGAUUCUUACUUCUUAUCUUGCCACUUCCACAACAAUAUGCUGGAUGCAAAAUUCUAUCCACAAGCAGUCCCUUUCUUUUGUUUUGUUUGUGCAUGGGCAUUUUUUAUUUAGUGGGUGUUAAAUCCUAAACUGUAGCUAUUCCUGUAAUGCUCAUCAAUAAGUUGGAUGAAUAGGUAAAAGAUUAUUGUUAUUCAACAGGUUUUUAAGGCCUUGACAAAUCUUUCA